AUGCUUCCCCCUGGCGAAUCUCAGCCGCCGCCGCCGCCGGCGGCGAGGGAGCGUGCGGUGGACCUGCUAGGCGACCUCACGACAGACGUCCUCGACAAGAUCCUCGCCGGCAUGCCCGCCCGCGACGUGGUGCGCACGUCCGUGCUGUCGCCGCCGUGGCGCCGCCGCUGGGAGUCCGUGCUAGGCCUCGACAUCGAGCUCCACGACGUACCUGACGAAGCCGGCGCUUGGGGCUCCAUCGCCGGCUUCCUCGAGCGGUGCGCGGCCCCCGUCGGCUGCGUCAGCAUCCGCGGCGUCCCGCUGAGCGUCUACCACCGCACCGAUGACUGGGUGCGCGCCGUCGCGGGGAAGAGCCCGCGCUCGCUGUCCCUGGCGCUCCCCCUGGCCACGCCGCUGCCGUCGCUCUUCCACUGCGACCCCGCCGUGCUGGGCGAGCUGGAGCUGCGCUGCUGCGCGAUCCCGGCGCCGCCUGACGGCUUCGCGGGGUUCCAGAGGCUAAACAGGCUCGAUCUGGACGACGUGGUCUUCACAGGAGGGAAUGCGUGGGCGCAGCUGGAGGCCAUGGUCUCAGCGGCCGCGCCCACGCUCGUGGACCUCCGCCUGCAAAACAUCGCUUUCGCCGUCGCCGAUGACGGGGCCGUCCCAGGCGGUGGGUGGGUCAUCCAGGCGCCCAACCUCCGUCGGCUGGUGCUGCGCCUGAGGAUCGCUGGCGCUGGCCUCUGGGAGCUUGGGCCGCUGCCGAACCUGGAGUUUGCCAGAAUCUUCCUCAACGACUCCGCAGAGAAUAUAGACUACGUCCAGAUGUUCACAGCCAUUUCCAACGUCAGGGAGCUUCACAUCGGCAACUUUGACAUUGCCACACAGGUAAAUUCAACUGUGACAGGUUCUCAUCUCUUAAGCUUAAUUAUUACCAGAUCCUGCAUCUGUCUUGCAUCGGUCUCCCUUUCACCAUUAUUGUGUGGCGUGCAUGCUUAUCCACCGAAUUUCUGUGUCUACAAAUAUCUGCAACCCAACAAUGAAACACGAGCUUUGUUGUUCAAUUCUAAGCCAUAUAUUCGUAUAGGUCAAAUGGUUGCUAUCAUGAUGGCCUAUAUACCAGUGCUUAAUCAUUGCAUUACUUGUGGUGUCAAACAAUAG